AUGGGAUGGAGCAUGGGAGAAUCUCCUGUCAGCCUAAGUGGCUUGUCUGGAAAGGUCGGAGGCGGCGUUCUUGAGCCUCUCCUUGCCAUUGUCGCUGCCUGUACGGAGCCAGCGACAAUCUUCGCUCUCCGCGUGCAGCACGUGGUCAUCCCCAAAGAGUGGGUAGUCAAUAAUGAAGACCCAGCUGUGCACGGAGUGUGGAGUGGCUCCCAGGUCCAAGCUUAG